UUCACCAGUUCACCCUCCGAGCCAAAACCCCUCCCCCUCCAAAACGACCAUCGAAGCCAAAAAAACAGGGGGAAAAAAUAAUAAUUCUAAAAAAAAAAACUUAAAAAAUAAUUUAAAAUAUAAAAAAUUGUAUGUAGAUCACGAGAACACCUUGUAUGAUAAGCUCUUUUGGAUCGGGUGGGGAGGCAAUGGCGUCAAACUUUUAAAAAACCUUCCUUUUUUUUUGUCUCCCCCGAUCCUUUCCAAAGAAAGAAGCCUUCGCAUCGCACGGAAUCGGAUUUCAAAUGUCGUAACAUUUUGAUUAUUUCUUUUGGAAAGAUCGAUGUUAUUUGCUUUCUGAUCUGCAAUUGAAUAUUCGCUUCAAAUUUUCUGUUCUUGUUGAGUUCUUGUGGAGAAUUUACGAUUCAUUGGCUCGGCAUUGUGCCGAUCUGAUCCGAUCCGGAUUUUGAAUCUGCUGUUUUAGUGCUUUUGCCGUCGCGUCUUUGAAUCGUCAAUUGAGAAUUCAUUUAAUGCUUGAAGACUGAAUUUAAAUUGAGAGAGGAGAUAUUCCGUUUCGUCUAGGAUUGAAAGAUGGAUCCUUUAGCUGCGGUCAGCGAAGAGCUAGUGGAGAUCGACGGACAAAUCGCCGACAUUUUUCGAGCUUUAUCAAAUGGGUUCCAGAAACUGGAGAAGGUUAAGGAUGUUAACAGGCAGAGUAGGCAAUUGGAAGAGCUUACCGACAAGAUGCGCGAGUGUAAGAGGCUCAUCAAAGAGUUUGAUAGAGAAGUGAAGGAAAUGGAGAGUAGAACUGAUGCAAACACCCACAAAAUGCUGAAUGAAAAGAAGCAGUCAAUGAUCAAGGAAUUGAAUUCAUAUGUUGCCCUUAAGAAGCAACAUCAAAGCAAUCUUGAGAGCAACAAACGAGUUGAUCUCUUUGAUGGGCCUAAUGAAGGCUUUGGGGAAGAAAAUGUCUUGCUAGCUUCAUCUAUGACAAAUCAACAGCUAAUGGAUAGAGGAAAUCAGAUGAUGGAUGAGACUGAUCAAGCCAUUGACAGGGCUAAGAAGGUUGUUCAAGACACUGUCGAUGUAGGAACUGAGACUGCUGCAGCUCUCAAGGCUCAGACUGAACAAAUGAGCAGGAUAGUUAAUGAGCUGGAUUCUAUACAUUUUUCAAUCAAGAAAGCAUCUAAAUUGGUCAAAGAAGUUGGUAGGCAGGUUGCUACUGAUAAAUGCAUUAUGGCAUUGUUGUUUCUUAUUGUCAUUGGUGUCAUAGCCAUCAUAAUCGUGAAGCUUGUGAAUCCAAACAGUAAGGACAUCCGAGAUAUUCCAGGAUUAGCACCACCGGCAAUGAACCGACGGUUACUUUGGACUCCUGAUUGAAGAGUUAGAAUGAACCAUCUGAUGAUUUGUCAGGAUUUUUUGCAGCCACAUUGAAUUGAAGAAUCACCAGCUAUAACCCCGGUGGCUACAAUAGUUGGAGAACUGAUAUGGUUGUGGAAUUGAUCUUAUUUUACGAUAGUUUUGGUGAAUGCAUGAAGAGUUUGGCAGAACUUCCCACGUGCUACCCCCAGGACAUUUUUCUUCCUAGACUGAAGAAAUUAACCCCGUACACGAGAGGGAAGGUUAUGUAUUUGAGAGCGCAUUGGUUCGUAGCAUACCUUGUAUAAUAUAACACCUGCAUGAUUCUUUAUUUCUUUUACUCUCUACAUUGUUCUGGAUUUUCGAUGUAGUGCUUUUAUUUCUACCAUUGAGUUAUUUUAGAU